AUGUACUUUUUUUCGUCUCAUCAUUUCUCGCGUGGUUCUUUCGUUGAUUUAUACGUUUCUCCAAUUUCCUCCAUAUUGGUUGUUGCUCCUUUUGCACCCAAUCUUUCUCGUCUGAUUCGCUCAUUUCUUCCUACAUUUCUUCGAUAUCCUCCAUAUUGGUUCUUUCUUGUUCGCUAUCCACUGAUAUUUAUCGUCUGCUAUUUCGAUUCUUUCUACGUUUCUCCCUCCCCCAAAAUAUCAGUUUUAUUGGUUUUUAUUCCUUCUUCAGAUAAUCGUUCUUGUUUUUUUUAUGAUUCUCUAUCUUCGUUGUUUUCCUUCUUUUCCCCUUUUUCUCAAACCUUUAUUUUCUUUCUUCGUAUAUUUCUUCAGUAUCUCUACCUCUCGUUCUUUCUCCAUGACUCUUAUUUUUCUUGUUUCUUCCUACCGUUCUUCCCCCUUCGUCACAUUUUUCUCAUUCAACUUUUCUCCAUACGUUUCACUAAUAUCUUACACACAGUCCAUUUCCCUUCUCUGUCUCAUUUUUCUCAUCUGCUUCUUUCAUUUCCUCGACAUAUUCAUCAUUGUUCCUUCUCUAUCUCAUCUUUCUCCUCUGGCUCUUUCAUUUCUUCCUACGUUUUACCGAUAUCCUCCAUCUUGAUCGGUAUACUGAUCUUUGUAUUUUUUCCUACAAACAUUCUUUCUUUCUUUUCUUUCUUUCUUUCUUUUUCUUUCUUUCUUUUUCUUAUUAAAACUAUUUUUCUUAAACCACAUUUCCAUCUUUUUUCUUUAUUCUUUCUUUCUUUCUUUCUUUCUUUCUUUCUUUUCUUUCUAAUUAAAAUAUUUUUUCUUAAACCAAAUUACUUUCCAUCUUUCUUUCUUUCAAUCUUUCUUUCUUUCUUUCUUUCUUUCUUUCUAAUUAAAAUAUUUUUUCUUAAACCAAAUUCCUUUCCAUCUUUCUUUCUUUCAAUCUUUCUUUCUUUCAAUCUUUCUUUCUAA